AACAUAAUUACAUACAUUAUGAUAAAAGCGCGCUUCUCAAUGACAACGUGAGUAACAACGGUUAGUAAUGAGCAGCACCAUGAACUUUAUAGUGAACUUGUUAUUUUUAACAAAGUGCAGUUUCGUUCUAUCAGCGACAAUAAACGAUUCUGAAGCGGAACCAAGGAUAGUUGGAGGCCAUGAGGCUAAACCAUACAGUCAUCCGUACUUGGUUUCAUUACAAUUAAGGUUUCUGUGGCUUCGGGCACAUAUAUGUGGUGGUAGUAUUCUCAAUGAAAACUGGGUCCUGACAGCAGCACAUUGUAUACCCGACUCGUGGUUGACAAGCUGGUUGCCAAUGGAUGCUAUCGCCGGAACUCACGAUGUGUCCUAUUAUGGAGUAAAAGCACAAAUUAGCACAGUCCGAUUACGAAUCCCACAUCCAAAUUAUGCAGGCGGUAUAGGCCCUUAUGACAUAGCUGUACUUAGGCUUGGAACUCCAUUUUACUUCUCUAACGAAGUGCAGCCAAUAAAUCUACCGAAAUAUUAUGAUGAAUACGACAACAAAGCAAUGAAAUUAGUUGGAUGGGGAGCUCUUAGCACGACAGUAUUUAUACCAGAUUUGCCCAGCAGGUUGCAAGAAGUACAAGUGAAAUACCUAUCUUAUGAUGCAUGCUAUGAUGCCAUAGAACAAGUAAAGGACGCAAACGAAGGUAAUCCGCUAGACCCCACCGCGCACAUAUGCACAGGUCCCAUUUCUGGAGGAAUUGCUGCGUGUAAUGGAGAUUCGGGUGGACCAUUAGUUCAAAUGGCGCCAAGACCCCCAUCAGAUAACGAAGAUACGGAGAACUACGAUGAUAACUACUUAGACAGCGAUAAAAAAUCAAAGCUCAGUAAUAGAGUUAAUGGUAAUGAUACAAAUGAAAUACCCGUUAUUGUUGGCAUUGUCUCCUGGGGCCUAUCACCUUGCGGAAUAAAAGGGGGGCCGACUGUUUACACCAGAGUUUCUGAAUAUUUAGACUUUGUUAAUGAAUACAUGGACCUCGCGUAAAAUUCGAAUGUACUCGCAUUAGCUGUAAAAAGAUAAGUUUGUACCUACUUUUACG